UUUACUUUACAAGCCAUGAAGUUGAAACUUGGCAACAUCUAAGCGUAGACCGGUUAAUUCUGACAGUUCUCAUUUAUUUUUAAAUGUUUUUAAAUAAUAUUCACUGUAUUUACAGAAAAACUCAAACAUUUUACAAUAUUUCGUGCUCCAAAUUAUAAAGAAUAUUAAAAGAUGCCAAGCCGUUGCUGUGUGCCAGAGUGCAAAAGCAAUUACGAUAGCAGUCUUAAAAAGAAUGAACAACCAGAAAGCACUUUUUUAUUUCCAAAGGAUCCAAAGCUGCGAGAACUUUGGUUACAGUGUAUCCACAGGAAAAAUUUUGUUAUUGGAACAUCAGCGGUAGUAUGUGCCAAACAUUUUUAUUCUGAUGACAUCGAGAGAGUUAGAGAAUGGGUAGAUAAGGAAGGCAACAAACAUGUAGAGAAAUUAACGAAUCCUAAGUUAAAACCUUCUGCAGUUCCUCGCAUUUUUCCAAUUCAGGAUGUUUCUAAAUAAGUGCGAAAAACUUUAAAGGGAAAGGAACAAAAUGCAAAAUUUUGACGCCUGUCAAAA